AUGGCCAGUGAUAGUCCAUACAUAUAUGCCAAUUGUCGAAUGAGAAAUGGCGACAACGGGGUGACAUUUGAGUGUGAGGAUCCGAUAUUGUUUCGCACUCAGCGUGUGGAGACGUUGUCCGAUUUGAAGAGUUUGAUAUUGAGCAAGCUCGGUGGUACACAAGCGAGGAAAAUCGGAAGGGUGGCAUAUAGGUUGCUGGCACCCAUGGGUAACGGAGUCUUCCGGUUUCGACUAUUCCGACUUCUUGGGGACGAGCAUGUGCGACUGAUGGUCGACAUCCAUGGGAGGAUCAUGGUGGAGCAGGUAAUGGAGCUUUCAGCAGAGGUGGGACACAGUGGUGAUGGGAGUUCCGUACACUCGACCUAUGUACAGGACGACCGACACCUCGCACCACCGCCCAUUCAUGUCACCAUUCCAGUGGAUGAGGCAGUGGAGGGCGAGGAGGAGUCAGACGAGGAUUACGUAGCGGACAGUAUGGACAGCGACUUGUCCGAUAGUGGGGAUGAGGAUGAGUAUGUUCCGGAGACACCUGUUCAGACUGUGGCGCGCCAUGUCCUCCCUCCACCUCUCCCAAUUCCGACGCUUUCGGCACUUCCAUCUCACUAUCACAGUCUGGAUAUGGACGCCAUGCACGAGAGGACUCCGUUUCUUGACACGGAGGAAGAGGAUUACAACCUAGACGACGGUGUAGAGUUUCGGGUCGGUCACAAGUUUAGAAGUCGAGAGGCAGUGCUUCAGGGUGUGAAGAACUACAGUAUUCGAAGGAGCGCCGAAUACCGGAUGAUCGAGUCGCACCGGUUAAAGUACCAUGUGCAGUGUCGUCAAGCUAAAAAUGGGUGUCAAUGCGAUAUAUUAAGUAGGUCUAUGACAUGGUCUAAGCAAUACUGUUUUGUUGUGUUCAGGGAGGUUUGGAGGGUGGGUGGAGUGCAUAGUUGUCUAGCAGUCUGA